UCAUUACUUACCUGUGGAUUAAUCGCCGAUUUUAUAAUUCAUCUUUUUGAUUUCAGAAAUCAACCAUCCAUCCAUCUAUCCAAUUCCAUAAAUCACUUUGAUAAAUUGUCAAUUACACUAAUUACACAUACAUACCCAGUUUCUUUUUUUUUUCUUUUUUUUUCUUUUUUUUUCUUUUUUUUUAACAACAAGAAGAUAAAACCCAAUUUUUCUUAAUCCCAAAAAUCACACUUCUAAUACCCAAAAAUCUUAUACCCGAAAUCAAUUUAUAAUAAUAAAGUUAAGAUCUUUUUGAUUUGAAUAGAGAUGGGGAAUGUAUUUGUAAAGAAACCAAAGAUAACUGAAGUUGAUAGAGCCAUUCUUUCUCUUAAGACCCAAAGGCGUAAACUUGCUCAAUAUCAGCUUCAGCUCGAUAAAGUUAUUGAAGCUGAAAAGCAAGCUGCAAAGGAUCUACUUCGUGAAAAGAAGAAAGACAGGGCCUUGUUAGCACUGAAGAAGAAGAAGGUACAAGAAGAUUUGCUGAAACAAGUUGAUGGAUGGCUUGUUAAUGUUGAGCAGCAAUUGGCAGAUAUUGAACUAGCAAGCAAGCAGAAGGCUGUGUUUGAGAGUUUAAAAGCAGGGAAUAACGCAAUGAAGGCGAUCCAAGGUGAAAUUAACUUAGAUGAUGUGCAAAAAUUGAUGGAUGAUACCGAGGAAGCCAAAGCAUACCAAGAUGAAAUCAAUGCAAUCUUGGGAGAGAAGUUGUCAGCUGAGGAUGAAGAGGAAGUUUUAGCAGAAUUUGAAAAUCUUGAGGCUCAGAUGGCAAUUCAAGAUUUGCCAGAACCUCCUGUUUCCGAGCCAUCUUCCAGUAAAGAUGAAGAGAAGUUGGAUCUGCCUGAUGUACCAACGAAAGCGCCAGUUGCAUCUGAAAUAGUUGCUGAUAAAUCUCAAGCUGUAAAUACAAAAGUUAUGGAGGAGCCUCUAGCCGCUUGAAUGUCAACGACCACCAGAACACUUGGUCAUAUGUGAUGCCAAUUGAUACCGUUCUUCUACAGUCUUCUUUCAUGAUCAUGAUCUCUUUAUAUUGGACUGGAGAAAAUAUGGGUUCUGCAGCCAAGCUUUGGUGCACGUUCGUAUAAUCGUUUCAUUUGUGUUUAUGUGAAUGAAUUCAAGGAUUAUUGCAAUUGCAUUGAAUGACAUGUACUGAAGUAAGCUGUACAGUUUUCUGUAUUUAUACAAAAGUUGAUACUUGAUAAGCU